AUGCCACCGACAGCUAUCCCAUACAUUUUCGGAAAUGCGGAUAAGGCAAAUGACUCUUCCUUCCCUCCAUGCCAGAUACAAACCGAUAGCUUGAAGGUACCAGAAGUUCAAUGUGGACGUAAUUAUUCUCUGGAAGGGACUAAAAUGAUCGACGAUUUGGCAGAAAAGUAUCCAAAAGACAGCCAUAAACAGUUGGAACAGUGGGAGGCUCUUGGAGAUGAUACCUGGCUUUCCUGUUUCAUCCCUUUAAGAGACGAAAUCAAUUGUAAACAUAAAGAGUGUGAAGGCAGCGAGGACUCUGCAGUGUUAUGCAUCUGUGGACCAAAGAAAUGCAAAAUGGGCAGUGAUGGACUCUGUGAGAAGAAGGGAUCAAAGGAUGGAGAUGGGAAGGAUGAGAAAGAUGGAUCUUCGAGUCUCUUUGUAUUGGGUACCAUGCUCAACUUGACUAUUUUCUACUUGAUCUCUUCUUUUUUCUGA